AAACCCUACGGGUGUCCCGAGUGCGGGAAACACUUCGGGGACGAAGCCAAGCUCUUCCGGCACCAACAGGCGCACGCGAGGAAGCGGCGCUACAAGUGCCAGGAGUGCAAGAAGGAGUUCGGGCAGAGAGAGGAGCUCCAGCUCCACCAGAGGAUCCACGUGGAGGAGAAGCUCUACCAGUGCUCCACCUGCCAGAAGUGCUUUGCAAGCAGGUCCAACCUCCGGCGGCACACGACGGUGCACACGGGGGAGAGACCCUACAAAUGCCCCGAGUGCGGGAAGAGGUUCCAACGCAGCUCCGACAUGGUCAUCCACCAAUGGAUUCACACGGGGGAGAGACCCUACAAGUGCCAGGAGUGCGGGAGGCGCUUCAGCCACUGCUCCAGCCUUUCCCGGCACCAGAGGAUCCACACGGGGCAGAAGCCCCACAAGUGCGAGGAGUGUGGGAGGAGCUUCAGACAGAGGUCGGUGCUCAUCAGCCACCAGCGGACCCACAGCAAGGAGAGACCCUAUGAAUGCCAAGAGUGCGGGAAACGCUUUGAGGACGAAGCCAAGCUCCACCGGCACCAUCAGGGGCACGAAAGUACGCGGCGCUACAAGUGCCGGGAGUGCAAGAAGGAGUUCGAGCAGAGAGAGGAGCUCCAGCUCCACCAGAGGAUCCACCUGGAGGAAAAGCUCUACCAGUGCUCCACGUGCCUGAAGUGCUUCGUAAACAGGUCCAACCUCAAACAGCACGUGAUGGUGCACACCGGGGAGAGACCCUACAAGUGCCCCGAGUGCGGGAAGGGCUUCGGGCAGAGCACGGAUCUCAUCAUCCACCGAUGGACCCACACCGGGGAGAAGCCCUACCCCUGCGCUCAGUGCGGGAAGAGCUUUGGCCACCGCUCCAGCCUCUCCCGGCACCUGAAGAUGCACACAGGGCAGAAGCCCUACAAGUGCAAGGAGUGCGGGAAGGGCUUCGUGCAGAGCACGCAGCUCACCAUCCACCAGCGGACCCACACUGAGGAGAAACCCUACUACUGCUCCGAGUGCGAGAUGUUCUUCAGGGGGAGGUCGACGCUCUACCGGCACAUGCAGCUGCACGCAGGGGAGAAGCCCUACAAGUGCGACGAGUGCGGGAAGAGCUUCUGCAUCAGGUCCAUCUUCUUGCGGCACCAGCAGCUGCACACUGGGGUGAAGCCCUACCAGUGCCACCAGUGCGGGAAGAGCUUCGGGCAGAGGGAGGACCUCAUUGCCCACCAACGCUACGACACGGGCAAGAAGCCCUACCAGUGCUCUGAGUGCGGGAAGUUCUACUGCACCAAGUCCAGCUUCAUGCGGCACCAACGCUACCACACGGGGGAGAAGCCCUACAAGUGCUCCCAGUGCGGGAAGAGCUUCUGCAUCAGGUCCAUCUUAGUGCGGCACCAGCGGCAGCACACCGGGGAGAAGCCCUACAAGUGCCACGAGUGCGGGAAGGGCUUCGGGCAGAGCUCGUCCCUCAUCAUCCACCAACGGGUUCACACCGGGGAGAAGCCCUACCCCUGCGCCCAGUGCGGGAAGAGCUUCA